AUGAGACAUCAAUACCCCACAGCACACACGUCGGGUUCGGACGGACAAACACGAGCACGAACUGAACUUGGUGCUUCCUUGCCGCAGGAGGUAAACACGAAUGAACGUCCGCGUGUUAUAUUUGACGAGUAUCACGCGUUCUCAUUGUCAAUCCUCGCGACGUGUGCUGAAAUCGCUGCCGAUUGGCCCUGGGACUGGAAACGGUGCCGGAUCUUGACAGAAGGAGAGAUUCGAAACCUCAACAGAAAUCUGCUCGGGACGACAGAAGAGUCGACAUCGAAUUCGUUUCGAGCUCUCCUGCCCACAGAACAGCACCGAAUCACUGCUCUCAUCAAAGGGUGCGAAGCUUACGAAAAGGACAGCAGCGCCAUAUGGUGCCUACAAUGCAUCGGGCUCCUCCCAUCUCAAGACAAGCCCAAUGCGUUGGAGAUACACGUGAUCCUGAGACGCUGCGUCAGAAGGCGGAGUCCGUUUCCAAACAUCGAUGACUCGAUAUAUCACUCUCGGGCACAAGGACAUGUCAAAAGUGCUGGAACACGUACACAGCCACUGCAAAAUCGUCAAAAUGCUGCCGACCGGUCUUCUAGCAACGAUCUCGAAAGAGAACUGCCUCUUCUCCGCAGAGGUCGUUAUAGACCAGCCACCUUUGAAGACGAGAGAAAUUCAUCUGACGACGGCAUGGCCAAAGACUACUCUGCAACACGGAACCUGGAGAGGAUAUCGACUCAAGGCCAGGACUCUCAGCCACGCCAUGUCCGUCAUCACCGUGAUCCUACCUCCGAGCAGUCUGACCAUCGUGGCCGCCCAUCCCUCCACCACAUCAGUACAACCCACGUGAAUCGCCGCAAUUCCUCUUCACUAGCAACCUCGCGCCGUCCGCUCCGCCGCGCCGACAGCAGCCCCAUGAGAGGUACGAAGCACGUCCGCUGGGGCCAACCGCGCUAUCACGACUACGAGGAGGUCCUUCUGCCCAGCAUCCCAUCAUCAUCACCAUCACCAUCGCCUUUGACCUCUCGAAGAGAUCCCUCGCGAGGAGCAUCGCUCAGAGCGUCAGAGAACGAGCCGAGGUCGUCUCCAAGACGCAUCGUCACUGCGGAUGAUGACGGAGGAUUCCGUCCGGGUUUCUCUAGCGGGCCAUCACGACCUCGUGUGCACCAACGCUACUCCGCUCCUGCCUCUUCCUUUCCACCCGCGUCAUACGAGGCUCGGAGGCCAAUGGUCGAUGGCCCCGAGGGAGGUUAUCCCGAAUGGUCAUCGCCGACUCGGCGGGUAGGAGGACGUGGGAGACCGAUGAUGUAUCACUUUGAAGAAGGUCGUCCUCGGCGGCGACGAGGCGAAGGUGAAGGGGAGUUGGACGACGAGGAUAGAAUGUACACGUAUGAAGCUUCAGGGGACAGGAUGUAUCAUGACAAGCAUUGA